ACACAUUCUUCGGCGUUGUAAAGGACUAUAGAUUGCCCACCGUGGCUUUCUAUUGCUACAGCGCCGGCCUUUAGACAUUCGUAUACGUGAUGGCACUCAUCGGACCCCUCGUCCAUCGGCAUGACUUCUACGUCCGAGCUAGCGCAUAGUGCUAGAUCAAUGAUGCCUACCAAAACGAGCGUCUUUGGCUUCACUAUUUCUGGAUCUUUGUCUGCAUGUUUAGCAGCGUCCUGAUCUACGCCACCAUCUUCAUCUACCUGCGCGCUCGCUCCUAGGGGGAGGAUAUGUCCGGCCAGAUGAUCCACCGUGUGACACCUCUUAUGAUCCUCUACCCCGUCGUCUAUAUCGUCUGUACUGCGCCACUCGCUAUCGGUCGGAUAGUAGCGUUGGCUGGGAACAAGGCCUCAUUGGCGUAUUUCUGCGUAGCGGGGUCGAUGAUCGCCUGCAACGGCUGGCUUGACGUCUUGCUAUAUUCGACUACAAGGGCGGACAUUGUGUUGACGGCAUACCCGCCGUCAGAUGAUAUCGGGCUGGAGACUUUCGCAUUCAUGGGAAAGGGGCACACCUUUGGGACGGUUACCACGGUCGAGGCGGGGCCCGGAGGCGCCAGUAGGCUAGGCGGCGGUCAGUGGAGUCAGGGCAGAGACAGCGUGGAGAACCUGUAUGGACUGGAUAAGAUCAAGGUUAAGGGAGAGGUCACAGUUAGUGUGGAUGAUGGGAGAGGGAUGAGGCACAGGACUAGUACGGCAGAGACGGAGAACAGCUGGGAUCGGCCGAGCAGGAAAAGCUCGCAGACCUGAAGAUAGAGAUUGCAUGUAGG